AUGGGUAAAAAUAAUUUUUAUUAAAUACAUUUUGAGUGUCUAAGAAGAAAUUCUGUUUCAUUUUUGUAUAUAGAACAAAGUGCAGUGUUCCAGAAUUGCAUAAGUUUGUAAAACGUCUCACGAGAGGCUGCAGGUUUUAAAUAAGAACCUGGACAAAUGGUAUUACGGGAUAAUUAGCAUCGUUCGGGACAAUCUUCUGGAGCGCAGGCGAUAGAGAACGGCUGCGUGUAACUAGAGAAAAUGGUGGUACCGUUUUCUAUAUUUUCUCGUCUCGUUCGAUAAUAAAGAACGAUUGAUUUUAUAGCCCUGGUGUCGCAGGGAAACGCGCGUUGUGCCAGGACGGCCUGUGCCAGGUGAAAAGGACGUUGGGGGGUGGCUUGGGAAGUGUAGGUGGUAGAUUUUCACAAGGAGGAUCGUUUCAGGGCCGAAUGUUUUGGCAGCAUUGUUCACUCGGGAUCGGUUCGGCUGGUUGCUGCUACGACUUGAACGAGUCGGUAGAUGUGCGCGGCCGUGUACUUGCGUCCAUGGGCCGAAGAGAGAGCAGCAGGAGGAGUGGUGGACGUCAAGUCAAUCGUUAUCUCUCCUAACCUUUGCGCGAUACCGCGAGGCGUGCUGGUGUUAUCGUACGGGCGGCCGGGUAUACGUGCCGAAGAAAAAUGUGGUUAGAUCCGCUUUGCUCGUAGCCGAGGAUCUUUUCUAUUUUUUUUUCUUCUAAUCACAAUCAACUACGUGGGGAACGUAGCUAACCAGCUUGUGCCUCCCCGAUGGAGCUCGUAACUGAGCUCUUGUGAUUUUACGGUUACUCGAUUAUAUUUUAUCUACGUGGUGAAUUAUUCUUUCGCGAAACUUUCGUUAAGCUCUACGUUCCCUCUGCUCAGCUGUGCAGUGGUCCGAGGUUAUCAUGGCCUCGUCGAAUAAAGGCAUUCAAAUCGGCUCCGCCUGGUUUCAGAAGAAGAUUAACUUAAGACCCCAGCAUCGGGGCGUCCACCUCGUCACCGAGGAAAUUUUAAGGCAGAUUCCUGAACUCUGUCAGUUCUCUGUUGGUCUCUGUCAUAUACAAAUUCUUCACACAUCAGCCAGUCUGGCAUUGAACGAAAGUUGGGAUCCGGAUGUGAGAGAUGACAUGGAGAUGAUGUUGAAUAAAAUCAUUCCUGAAGGAAUGCCUUACAGACAUAGUUGCGAGGGCCCUGAUGACAUGCCAGCACAUGUGAAAGCAUGCUUUCUGGGUUCCUCCUUAAGUAUUCCAAUUGCGGAAGGCCAACUGGCUCUGGGUACUUGGCAGGGAGUAUGGCUGUGUGAACAUCGUGACCGUGCUGGCAGUCGCAAGCUAGUUAUCACACUCACCGGCUGCUUAAGGGAUCUGGCCCGCAGUCCCUUGAGCCCUGUAAGUCCAAUUGCCUCUACCAGCAGCUAGGACCACUCUCACCCCCAACGGCGUGGCAAACGUCAGCUGCGCAUAUCCACGUCUAGCGACUCAAGCUAGCAGCCGCCUAACUUUAGCCGAAAUCUAAGAGUACAAUCUAAGGAAGAGUGAAGGGAUACUAUCGCAAUUAUGGGAAUAGCAUGUGCAGCUCGUCGCGACCAAAACACUCACGGUAGAUAACGUCUAUCGACAAAAGCAUAGCAUAACAAUCCUCAAGACACUAUAUUAAUUUCUAUAUUCUAAAUUUAACUUCACAACAAUGACCAUUUUUGCACACUACAUCAUGACCAACAAUGUUCCAAUCAAACUGUUCAUUUUUUUCCAAAGUUAUAAGCACUGAAAUUGCAACAGUGCGCAUGCGCCAUAUAAAAAAAAAAAAACGCACAGACUGGCUACAUUAAUACAAAUUAUCACAAUUUGACGUAAUGAUACCAAACGAAACGUCACAUCCUGUAUCGAAUUGAAUAGACUUAUUCGUACACUGAAAGCUGCCAAUGCGACAUGCGCAUCGCUUCGAAACUCGAUAAAAUCCCAAUGUUCAUUAAGCGUGUGUAUCCGGCACUCUUCUAUCGCUAUACUCUUAGCCGAAAAAUUAAUAAUCUACUGCGCUCCGGUAUGAUGCGUCCAAUACUCCGAAUUUAAUUACAUAGCUUUAUUUCGUGAAUCCCUUUUGUAAUAGCGGCGCGAUUCGCAACAACUGCGAGUGUGGUUUACAAAGAAAAGGAAAAGAAAAAGAAAAAAUAGAAAAAAGUGAAAAUAGCCAAGAAAACACAUACGGGCAUCACGAAACAUACAAGUGGACAGUGCUACAGUAAAACGGACUCGUAAGCGCAUCAGCUAAGGGAAGAAGAAAGCAAAGGCAUGAAAUAAAGGAUUAAUUAUGCAUUAACAAUAACAUACUCAACUGAGAGAACGUGCGCAUCCUACUUUUCUACGUUUACGCGAGGCAGAUUCAGCUUGAGAGUAUAGGUGCAUUUUUGGCACGACAUCCUAACACGAUGCUUCUUCGUAGGCUAGUCGUUUUUAAUGACGUUUCCAUUGCAUUGGGGGUGUAAAUAAAAGGGGUACGUUCGAAAUUACUUUGCUGUGCCGGGGAACAUUUUAAACGUUAUCGCACGAACGGUCUAUUUACUCGUCUCGCGAGUAACGCCUUUGACCUUUUGCGAACGUCGAUCUCGCGGUGGCGCUGAGUAAUUGCGCUUUCAUCUUUGACCGUUCGUAUUUCUGAAUUUUAAAGGAAAUAAAAAGGGGUGCGCGACGAGAGGCAUACCCGUCGAAAUAUUAUGUUCCCUCGCCAAGCACAUGAGCACUGCAAAGAAUUGAGACGCACAAGAGAUAAACAAGAUGAACGAGAGAUAACUAAGGACAAACGUUAAUAAAGUAAAAGGAGAAAAAAGAGUGAAGAUGAUGUGAAAGGGCAACUACCGGUGACUCUGGUGUUGCUAAAAAAAAAGUCAUUAAUACGAAUGAAGUAUGGUUAAUAAAGGGAAGCUUUGAACAGGAGUUUUCAAAUGCAUCUAAAAUAACGUGUAACAUUCCUGCGAGCGGUUAAUGUUAGCCACAGUUUUCCUCCUCGUAUAACAUAAUUAAUAUAAAUGGUCGUCCAUUACAAUUACUGGAAAUGCUUCAACAUUAAGUACGUUAAUACUAUUCGUGCGGACGAUUUGGUAUGGUGAUGGGGAUGACGAUGAUUGUCUUCUGCGUGAAAUGCGUUUAUCGUGUAACAAUAGAGAAUUAUUAGAGGAGCUCAAGAAAAACUGAUAACGUUUACUUUAACCGCGUGGGUUCAUUUAAGAAUGGCAUGUGCUUUUUGAUUGUUAGGUUGAUAAUCUCUUGUGUCCUUGGUAUUACAAGGAGAAUCUAAGGAGAUUAUGAACGAGUGUGAGAGAUUGUGUAACUGGGAAAAUUAUUCUGGCGGUAACAAUCUAAAGUAUCUUGAUUCAGAUUGUUACGCAGUUAUCUGUUACAGAAAUCGAAUAGGAUUCAUUACGAAGGCUGCGAAGGGAAUAGACUUGGAGUUACUCUAAUUUGAUGUUUAUUAUUCUUCAACUUGUGUUUCGCAAGGCCAAACGACCCAGUGACAACUACUUAUUGCUUGUUCGAUAACAUGAAUUCUGUAUUACAUUCAUAAUUGAAUUUACUGAUGGUUAUUAUUUAGCAAUCGGAUAGUAUGUUCCUGAUGGUUUUCACUUUUUUGUAUCUGAUUAAGUGCGGGCAAUCUGGAUCCAAUUAUUGUACAAGAUCUAAUAACGUAUACACUGAGGAUGUUAAGUCGAGCUGCGUUACUAAUUAAUAGUGUAUCACUAUGGGUAUAAUGAGUGACGUUUUAAGGUGAGUCAAAUAAACUGUGCACCAAAUUGCGAAUUGCAUUGACUAGCAUGUGUGCACGAGAGAAAGAGAGGAGGAUGUAAUCGAUGGGAACGAACGAACUUCUAGAAUUUCAAAAUGUCAGUCCAAGCGAUUUAAGGGAGACAUAUGAUGAAAAAAAAAUAUAUGAAACAAUGCGUAAAAUAAUCAUUCCUGGGUUCGUUGUAUCCACGGUAGUUAAAGUUUGCCAUUAAAUAUUGUUCAAGCGAAUGCGUCUAGUCAGCCCUUUUGAUUGGAAUAAAUGAGAGAGAGAGAGAAAGAGAGAGAGAGAGAGAGAGAGAGAGAGAGAGUGAAAAUGAAAAAGACACAGUUUACACUCCAAUACAAGAGUGAUCGUAAUGCACUCAACUUUUUCUUAGUAAUUUGUAACAAUCAUAUCGUACGUCGAUACUCUGUAGGGAAGCCCUUGCGUUGUCUUGCCAUUGUCAAUUUCCGCCCUUGAUACGACAAAGGAGAAAGAUAAAGAGAGAGAAGGAAAAAAAAAGAGAAAAAACAACUCAAUGCUCAACGUGAUGACAAGAUGUUUAAUUUAAGACAAAAAAAAGAAAAGAAAUUGCCUCGAUUCGUUCACCACCAUAAAGAGGUGAAAUAAAUUUUCGCAUCGAUCCAGCGGUCAUCAUCAUUUUUACCCUAUAUAGUCAUCAGCGUUGUCUUACAAAGUAAGCGCGAGAGCAUUAAGUCCUUUUUAUUAAUUUAUCCAUUUUCUUUGGUUUACAUCCUCUUUUCGUAUUUCUCAAUCGUUUCCCGCGUGUGUGCUUCGUCGGUUUUUAAACGGAUACUUAUAGGCACGAACUGUAAGAUAUAGACAUUAUAGCGUUAGGGAAGCACAAAUUUAUUCGUAAGACUUUAACAUAGGGUACAAUAAAUAAGGGAUUAAGAUGUGUAAUGGCUUUAAUAACGAUAAACAUUCGAGGGCUGUUAAAUUAUAUAGCGGGUGACGUGUGCGCAACACUGUUUUUUUUUCUUUUUCGCCACGUUAUUGUUGCAUCGAAUGAUUGUGAGCGAAAAUGAGAAUGGAUGAAUGCGAUAGAAAGAGAGAGAGAGAGAGAGAGAUACAGAAAAAUAAAUAAGAAAGAGCAGGGAAAGAAAGAGUGAUAAAUGAUAUGAGAAAUUGAUGGUUACUCCUAUCACACCAUGACUCCCUACCUCGCCGUCUUCGUUGCCAUCCACAGGGAGUCUCUUGAGAUGAAAAUUCUUCGCGUCCAAGUCUUCGCCUCUAGUCUUAGUCUUAAAGAGAAGCUCGCACGGAUAUCCAGACGCUCCAAAUUCCAAUUAAAGCCUACAAAGCGUUCUUUUUUUUUUUAUUAUUUAUCUUUAUUUUCUCCCUUUGCUUUUAAGUUCAUUAAAAGAGAAAGGGUUAAACAUAGAAUCAGAUGACGCACUGCGACGUUCACUUGUUCGUUAUCAUUUCUGCACAAGACUCUCUGGUGAACCUUAUGGGUUAUAUGUUGGAAAUCUUAUAAGAAAGUGCGUGAAGAAUAUGAAGAGAUAGAGAGAGAGAGAGAGAGAGAGAGAGAGAGAGAGAGAGAGUACUCGUUGACCUUUUAUACACAGUGUGCAAAGUUUAACAAUAGCUGGAUAUAGCGGACCUGCAACUUUUUAACAUUAAUGUGUGAAGAGGAAUAUAAGGUGAGGAGGGAUGGGCGAGGAGGCAUAUAAUAAUACUGAAUAUAAAUAAUAUUGAUGAAAAUGAAAAAUAAAUAAGAGACACUUAUACCUUACGCCAUGCAAAGAUGCGAAGCAACCUGUAAACGAGUAAGCCAUAAGUAUAACAACACAUAGUUCUUAAUUAAAUAUUGACACGCUGUACAUAUGAAACUAAAACCAAAUUAUGCAUUGUGUGUAUGCUAAUGAGAGAAAGAGAAUUGCGAGAUUCGUGAGGAUGAGCGAGAGAGAGAGAGAGAGAGAGAGAGAGAGAGAGAGAGGAGAAUACAAAUGCGAGCGUUAACCGUUUUUAAAUAAUAAUGAAAAGAUUUGAUUAGCUGUUACGCGAGAAAGGUGCGUGAUGGUAAAAGAAGAAAAAAAGACAAGGGAGUGAUCUUAAUCGGAGUAAUUAAUUUAACGUGUUUAAUGAAUUAGUUCUCGAAAUCAUCGGAUGCUGAGAAUAUAGUGGGUUUUGUAGUAGGUACCUUAUCGAAAUUUUUAAUUAAAAUCGUAACGAACAAAUAAAUCGUGAGGUACGUGCGCGACGAUAGCAAAUGACAAAACGGCAAACAAGAACCAGACAAUUUACGCGCACGCAUCUUUAAUUACGCGUGAUAGGUGAUAUCUGAAACUAUUAAGGGACCGUGUGAGCCCGAAUCGUGCGAUUGGACAAUUAAUUGAAGUUUUGGUUAUGUUUUUUCUUUCUUUUCCCCCGUGCGACGCAUUCUAACGAACGUUUGCCUGUACGUCGCGUCAAAGAAUCUUAAACACGCGCUCCACGUUAUUACGCAUAAGAACCUGGAUUCAUUAUUAUAUGGGUAAGCAGUGUCCUUUUUUGGCGACAAGCAAUAGCAUUUCAUCAAUAAAUAAGCACGUUAUCGUACACAUGUUGUCCGGCUCUUUUCUUUUUCUUUCUCUUCUCUCUUUUUCGUUUGGUACUCUUCGUUUGUGCCGUUCCUGACGGGAACGACGAGAGUUGACGACGAACUGGGCAUAAAUCAUUAAUAAAGAGAAAACAGUAGUAGG